AAAGUAUUCGCAAUGGAGCCGAACAAACUCAACAACAAGAAAGACGGAUGGUACGACAAGAGACAGCCAAGGUACUCCAGCCAUCCAUGAAAUGUGAUUGUCCCACUUUCGGGUACAGACUGAUGAAGCAGAAUCAGGAAAUCGACAACAACAUCCGCCAGAAUCAGGCGCAGAUUCCCAACAUUCCCGCAUUCUACCGCCAGGAUAUCCCUGCGCUGAUGGCACGUCCAGCUAACCCGUUCUUGAAUUAAAGCACCUGAACGAAGGCGACGUAUCUUCACUUCAUCUCUACCUUUGUCACACUUUUAUUUUUGCUAAUUGUUUUUUCAU